AUGAAGUAUGUAAUAUUGAGUGUAUUUGUUUAUAAAAUGAGAGAAGAAGAACUUAACGAAGAAGAAGAACUUAACGAAGAAGAAGAACUUAACGAAGAAGAAGAACUUAACGAAGAAGAAGAACUUAACGAAGAAGAACUUAACGAAGAAGAACUUAACGAAGAAGAAGAAACUCCUCAUAACUGA